AUGAAGAUCAACCCCGCUCCUUUCCACCUGGCACAGGCCAUCAUCACAGGUCUCGUCGUCGUCUUCAGCAUAUGUAUUCUUGGCACUUCGGCAUACACUCUGGAUGUCUUCAACAGGCAACAUCUCACGAACCCUUGGUGGGCACCGAUGUGGCCUCAGCAUUUCGACGUUCAGGGUACCAAAGCACUCAUCGCGUCGUCCGUCGUGACACUGGUUCUCUGUGGUGCAUUCUUGAUCGCAUCAUUUGUGCCUCAGCUUGCCCUUCGCCAGAAGUACACUCUCCGCGCCCUCCUUUCCCUCGCCACUCUCCUUCCUACUCUUCUCCUUACUCUGAUUACGACGAUCUGGGCACACAUGCUCAACAACAACGCUCCGGAAGUUGAUACCAUCCAAACCUGGACCUGCAAGAUGCAGAACUCGCAACCGCUUGCUCAGGAUUUGCCGGGCGAUAUCGCUAUGCCGGCUGGCAUGGGAAACGGAGACUUCAAGACGCUUUGUGGAGCCAGCAAGUUCGCGCUUAUUGGCACGCUCAUUGUAUUCUUGCUUGUAGGCGCAAGCAUGGCUGUUACGGUUAUCACUUGGAUGGCGGAUAAGUGGGCAGCAAGGCAACAAAGGAAGGAAGUUGAGAUGGGCAACAUUCCUGUGCCUACAUCGUAA